AUGGCUGGGAGACGGCUCCGUGAUGCAGUGAAGACAGUGCUAAGUGGUGACAAAAGCUUUGGUAGCAACAUUCAUGUUGUUAUAGCAGGGUUGACCAAUGCUUAUUCACAGUAUGUGACCACAUACGAGGAGUUGAGGUUAUACCAUCUCAAACAUUUGCAGUAUCAUUUGCUUCAUUUAACGGAACAAAUCUUCCAUCAAACCUUAAUUUUCUCACCCAUGAAACAGAAUCCAGUGGGAGAUAAUGCAGAUUCACAGGAUGCCAAAAACAGUUACCAUUAUAGAGAUGAUGUGCAAAGGUCUCCAAGGGCUUUUAUGUUAUCGAAUGAUUUCAAUAUGAAGAAUGAUUCACUUGCUCAGGACAAGCCUUUAAAGCAAAGGUUGGGUCUGGAGGGCCGAUUGAGAUAUGAUCGUGAUGCACAGACAUCUCGGGAAGAAAGAUGCUUCAGACUCUGGAUUAACAGUCUUGGAAUUGUUACUUACGUCAAUAAUGUUUUCGAGGAUGUCAGAAAUGGAUGGGUUCUAUUAGAAGUUCUUGAUAAGGUUUCACCUGGAUCUGUCAACUGGAAGCAGGCAAUAAAGCCUCCUAUAAAGAUGCCAUUUCGAAAAGUGGAGAAUUGCAACCAAGUUAUAAAAAUUGGGAAGGACCUUAACUUUUCCUUGGUAAAUAUUGCUGGUAAUGAUAUUGUACAAGGGAAUAAGAAGCUCUUACUAGCAUUUAUGUGGCAGCUUAUGCGAUUUACCAUGCUUCAACUUCUGAGAAACUUAAGAUCAUACUCCCAAGGUAAAGAGAUUACAGAUGUUGAUAUAUUAAACUGGGCAAACAACAAAGUGAAGAAAGCUGGAAGAACGUCUCAAAUGGAGAGUUUCAAGGAUAAAAAUCUUUCCAAUGGUAUUUUCUUCCUUGAGCUUUUGAGCGUUGUAGAGCCAAGAGUGGUCAACUGGACUCUAGUUACUAAAGGGGAGACUGAUGAUAACAAGAAGUUAAAUUCAACAUAUAUCAUCAGUGUCACCCGAAAACUCGGAUGCUCCAUUUUCCUGUUACCUGAGGACAUUAUAAAGAAUUCUGAAGAAAACUCCCCAGAGGCAUCGCCCGUAGCUUCAGGAGACAGUGAACAUGAAACGAAUUUAGUUAAUGAGGUAUCCGAUUUAGCCAUUGAUGAUAAUGCUUCAGUGAAAGUCAGCUCUCCUUAA